AUGUAUGACCUUCCGCCUGCCCUGUACGGUGCUUUGGCUGUCCUUGCAGCUGUAUACUUGUUCCGAUGGCGAAACGACCCGAUUCACAAGAUCCCAACUCUCGGUGGUCCUUCUGCGCCGAUCCUAUCCUACCUGUCCGCAUUCCGUUACAUACUCAACAGCAGGCAAAUUCUCAAGAUAGGUUAUGAGAAGUUUCAAGGCUCCUCCUUCAAGGUAGCUCUUCUAGACCAAUGGAUGGUGAUCGUGAACGGACCCCAAUUGCUGGAUGAGAUCAGGAAGCGGCCAGACGAGGAGCUCUCAUUCUUGGAGAGCACCGAAGAUUUCCUUCAAAUCACUUGGAUCCUUGGACCUGAACCACACGACGAUCCGUACCAUAUAGAUAUCAUCAAGGACAAGUUGACGAGGUCCCUGCCCGCGGUCCUCCCGGACGUAGUCGAUGAGCUCCGGUCAGCCAUGCCGCGGUACAUACCAACUCACGGUAACGAGUGGACCACCAUAGAUGCCAUCCCAACUGUGCAAAAGGUCGUCGCGCGCCUUAGUAAUCGCGUCUUCGUUGGGCUCCCCAUAUGCCGCAACGAAGAGUACCUCAGGCUGGCCGUCACGGUGACGAGGGACAUCGUGAGGGACGGCUUUCUUCUCAAGCUGUUUCCUAAGGCUUUCAAGCCUUUAGUCGCAUCUUGGACGAGCCAUGCCAAGCGGACGAUACGCCGCGCACUUCCGUACUUGAGGCCUGUCAUUACCGAGAGGAAGGCGAAGAUCAAAGAACACGGUCUUGGCGAAGACUGGCCAGGAAAGCCGAACGACCUACUGCAAUGGAUCAUAGAGCAGGCCAUUCCGAGAGGCGUAGAUGACGAGUCCAUCGCCGCACGGGUGCUGCUGGUCAACUUCGCAGCUAUCCACACGUCGUCGAUGAGUGUGACCCAAGCACUUUAUCACCUUGCUGCCGCUCCUGGCUACAUCCAGCCUCUCCGAGAGGAAGUUGAGUCAAUCACCGCGGUAGAGGGAUGGACGAAGGCUGCGAUGGGCAAGAUGUGGAAGCUCGACAGCUUCCUGAAGGAGUCCCAGCGGUACAACGGCAUCGGUCUGACGUCGGUUGGGAGGAAGGCAUUGAAAGAUGUCCUGCUCAGCGACGGCACCCUCAUCCCUGCAGGGACCCUUGUAGUCGCGAACUCCUACCCGAUGCAUCAUGACGAUGAAUACUACCCAAAUGCCGGCGAAUUCGAUCCCUUCCGCUUUGCGCGCAUGCGUGAGCUCGAAGGCGAAGGGACCAAGCAUCAGUUUGUGAACACGUCUACGAGUUAUGUGCCUUUUGGUGUUGGACGACAUGCUUGCCCUGGACGAUUCUUCGCUGCAAACGAGCUGAAGGCGAUGCUCGCGUACAUCGUGGUCAACUAUGAUGUCAAGAUCGAUGGAGACGGCGCACGGCCGCCUGACGUGUACUUUGCGAACUCCGUGAUCCCUAACCAGAAGGGGAAGAUUAUGUUCCGGAAGCGCCAAGUCACAGGUGCGGCGUGA